AUGGAGAUUCACGAAAGAUGGCGGAAGAAGAACAUCGAGCGGCAUGCUUGCGAACUAAAACGACAAACAUCUUCCAGCCAAUUAAAACGCUUGCCCCCCAACGCAAAAUUAAUUGCCCGAUUAAAGCGCAAGUUUCAAAAACUGAUAAUCGUGUACGAAGAACAUCCUUUUGCAAAAUACCACUUGAGGAGUCGAGCUGCCAUUGCGUUUGAGAAGAAAAGACACAAUAAUUCUCAGCAUUGGUGGAUUUUGCAUCCUUAUAACAGAUUUUUUUGGGACAAAGUAAUGACUGUAGUGCUGCUAUAUUUCUUCUUAACAGUCCCAUAUAUAAAAGCGUUCUUUCGUAUUUGCGACAGACCUCUGAAUAAUCAAGUGUACUACGUUUACCCGGUGUUCACUGUUUGCACUUUUGAUGUCAUCGUUAGAUUCUUUACAGGUUAUGUUUCUCACGAUAAUGGAAUUAUUAUUGAUCCUACCAUGAUAGCUAGACAUUAUUCUCAGAAGUUUUUUCUAAUUGACUUGAUUUCUUCAAUACCUUACACCUGGUUCUUCAACGAUGACUUAAUUUCAUUAAAAGGAAACAACCAAAGGAAUUUCAUCGCCUUUAUUGGAGAACUUCUUCCUUUCUCAACAGACACCGCCAUCUGGAUCUCAAUCCUAACAACCUUAAUCUUCCACUGGAGCGCGUGCCUAACCUGGGCAUUCCCGUUCAUCGUGAUCCACGCAACACCUUUGCAGACAAUAUCAAACUCAAAUGUCUACGCAAUCCAGAGCGGGUUGUACAAAAUGGAGGACACACUACUUAUAUACAUCAAUAGCUUGCACAUGGGCGCAAGUAACCUAAUAGGCUCGAGUUUCAUCGAGUUGCAAAAAAUUUCACCUUCUGACAAGCUUAUACGGUGUAUUCUUCUUCUCUUCGGAUCCAGUUAUACUGUUUACUUGAUUGUGGUCAUCCUGCAGUUAAUAGAAUCUUCAGCAGAGCCGGAGCUGAAGUAUCAAGACAUGAAACGUCAAAUCCGAGAAUAUAUUCACAAAAACGAUAUACCGCAAGAACUAGGGGACAAGUUUUUUUUGUACAAUCGAUAUCGGUUUCAAGGAAAUUAUUUCAAGGAGAGUACCAUUAUUAAUUCACUACCGAAUCACUUGAAGCAAGAAAUUUACAUAAGAUCCAAUAACGGAUUGUUAGAAAAAGCUAAAAUAUUCCACAACUUGUCGAAGAGUUUUAUAUCAAAUCUCAUGACUGCACUCAAACCGGUAAUUUAUCUGAAGGAUGAUGUAAUUUAUAAUUACAACACAGAGGGCGACUGCAUGUAUUUCAUAACCAGUGGAACCGUUGCAAUCAUCAACUACAAUGGCAAAGAAUUACAUUACCAUUUGGAAGAUGGCGACCAUUUUGGCGAAAGGUGUCUAGUAUCUUCAGCAAAACUUCGGGAAGUUUCGGCCAUUGCCGUAGAAACUUGUGAACUUCUUCGUCUUCACCGUCGGAACUUCAACCGGCUAAUUUUGCCGCACUCAGAGUUGCACGAUAGGUUAUCCAAAAUUUCUGACGAUAGGGGGAGGGAAAUAGAGUACUUGAACAAAUUGUCUAAAGAAGAAAUGACAUUAAAAAAGAGACGAAGUUCGGAACUUCGGAAAUUAUUGAUGAGAACAGACGAUCUGACGGCGGACUUACCUUAA